GUAAAUAACCCAUAUGAGACAGAGAGAUGGAAACAUUCUGAGAUUUGGCCUUUUCUUCUUCUGUGGUGGGAGGCGAAUGUUAAUUGGCAGCUGAGCCAGAGCCCAGUGGUGGCUGUCCAGGAUAAGAAACAAACAACUCAUCUUUCUUUCCCCCUAAAUCCUAAUCUCUUCUCAUCUCAUCUCAUCCCCAAAGCUUUUAUUGUUUGGACGGGUUUGUUUGUUUGAUGUGAAUCCUUAUUUUGGUUGGAGGGGACUUUAUUGGGUGCUGUUUUAUGGUCUGUGGGGCUACUACAAAUCCUACUUUUGGGGGUUUUGUCCUGCAGAUUAUAGUGCCUAGCUCAUGCACCUACUCAACCUUUUGUGGGUUCUUUGCUUUUUCUCUCUAGUGCUGCUGUCUGCUCUGCCUGCCUGCCUGCCCAUCUCCUCCUCCAUGCUUGCUUGCUUCUUCCACAGUCCCAUUUCAUUCUUCCUUUCCUCUUGUCACUUUUCGCCAACCAAAGUGAUAAGAAAGGGCGUUGCUUUCCUUCCCUAAAUCUGUAAAGUGUUAUCUUGAUCAUUCAUUUUUAUCUUUCUAGGAAGCUCCGUGCUAGCAUUGUCCAUCACUCAUUUUCCUUCUUCUCUACUGUUUAGUGUUCUUUGGCUCGAUCCCAUUUUGCAUACACAACGUAUUGACUAUUGAAAGAUUGGUGUAAGCGUGCCUUUUGUUAGCUUGAAAUCAAGAGCACACGCCUGAAGUUUACAGAUCUCUGGAGGAAUGUGGAUUCUGGGGGUUUGCAAAGCUCUUCAAUAGCUUUGUCUAGUGAGAGAAGCGGGAGAGAUCUGCUGCAGAAAAAGGAAACGGGAAAGCAAAGCUAUAAACAAAAGGGAAAAUAAGGGCGGUGGUGUCAGUUUUGAGCAAGUUAAUCCCAGCUUUUCUUCUUUGGUGAAAAAGCUCCCACCUUUGAAGUGUUUGGAAAGCCUUUCCUUAGCUGAGAUUGGAGUCUUCACUCUUCAAGAAGAGGGCAGGAGCUGUUAUUUUGAGUUUUGAGGAAAGAUGAAGUUUAUGAAACUUGGAUCUAAGCCGGAUUCGUUUCAGACAGAGGGAGAUGAUAUCAGGUAUGUGGCUACUGAAUUGGCAACUGAUAUAGCAGUGAAUGUUGGGGAUGUAAAAUUCUAUCUUCACAAGUUCCCUCUAUUAUCCAAGAGCUCCCGUCUCCAGAAGUUGGUUUCGAGCUUGAAUGAUGAGGGCAGUGAUGAAAUUACCAUUCUGGAUAUCCCUGGUGGUCCUGCUGCUUUCGAGAUAUGUGCAAAGUUCUGCUAUGGCAUGACGGUUACGCUCAAUGCAUACAAUGUGGUUGCAGCUCGGUGUGCAGCAGAGUAUCUCGAAAUGUACGAGUCUGUAGAGAAAGGAAACCUCGUCUACAAGAUCGAAGUCUUUCUCAACUCCAGCAUUUUCAGAAGCUGGAAAGACUCCAUCAUCGUUCUCCAAACUACAAGGUCAUUCCUCCCGUGGUCUGAGGAAUUAAAGCUGGUCAGCCGCUGCCUUGAUUCCAUAGCUUCCAAAGCUUGCAUUGACACUUCUAGGGUGGAUUGGUCAUAUACCUAUAACAGGAAGAAGCUUCCAUCUGAGAGUGGGAAGGAUCCAUUAUGGAAUGGUGGUAGGAAACCGAAUGAGGUUCCUAAAGAUUGGUGGGUAGAAGACCUUUGUGAGCUUCAGAUUGAUUUAUACAAAAGGGUUAUUGUCACCAUGAAAACAAACAGGAAUGUAUCCAGUGAAGUAAUAGGUGAAGCAUUGCAUGCAUAUGCUUUGAGAAGACUGCCUGGUUUCAGCAAGGGCACCAUUCAGAAUGGUGACAUCUCUAAAUACCGAUCCGUGGGGGAAACCAUUAUGUGGCUACUGCCAGAAGAGAAAGGGAGUGUUCCUUGUGGGUUCUUGCUGAAGUUGCUAAGAGCUGCAAUUAUGCUUGGCUUUGGAGAUAGGGAAAAGAAUGAACUGAUAAGUAGAAUCAGCCAACAACUCGAGGAGGCUACUGUCCCUGAUCUUUUGAUUCCAGCCCAAGCUGGGGGAGAGACGACCAUGUUUGAUGUUGAUAUAGUACAUACACUUGUUGAGGAAUUUGUGAAAUGUGAACUGAAGGAGCAGGAGAUCGUUCUUGUUGAGAGCAUUAGCCCGAAGUUUGGUGCAGAUGCCUCUAAGGUUCAAGUAGCUAAGUUGGUGGAGGGUUAUCUUGCUGAAAUAGCUCGAGAUCCCGACUUACCACUCUCAAAGUUUCUUGACCUUGCUGAACUCGUAUCAAGCUUCCCUAGACCAUCCCAUGAUGGAUUAUACCGAGCCAUUGACAUGUAUCUCAAGGAACAUCCUGGGAUUAGUAAGAGCGAGAAGAAGAGGAUAUGCAAGCUGAUGGACUGCAAGAAAUUGUCGGCGGAAGCAUCCAUGCACGCCGUUCAAAACGAGAGGCUGCCAUUGCGUAUUGUAGUUCAGGUUCUCUUCUUUGAGCAAAUGAGGCAGCAGGCUUCAUCCCCCGGGGGCAGCAGCACUCCGGAUCUAUCGUCAAGCUCCAUUAGGGCCUCACUCCCGGCUGGAGAGUCUCAUGGAAGCUCGAGGUCAACCACAAGCAACACUGAGGAAGAGUGGGACUCGGUGCCAACAGCUGAGGACAUAAAGGCAUUGAGAGGCGAACUCGCCACCCUACGACUGGGAGGUAACAAUGGUAGUGGUAGAAGCCAGAAUGAUGGCGGUAAGGCCAGAACUACUGAUGCUGCUGCAAAUCAAAUGAAAGGUUUGGUGAUGUCAAGGAUGUUCUCAAAGCUAUGGUCGAGCAAAGACCGAAAUGGGGAGAUUAGCAGCUCCGAGACGUCGGAGAGUCCAGGAUCGAGCUAUGUGGAAGAGACUACUACUAAGUCCACCCCAUCAAGGAACAGGAGAAAAUGAUUUAAGUUUGCAAUCAUGGUGAUCAUGGUUGGUUACGUGUUUUAAACAGGGCAGUGCAGUAUGGUUUCCUACUUAAAAAGGACAGUUAGGACAGAGUUAGGGCCGACUGACAGUUUUAGUUUCAGCUGAUGUGUUAGUCUGCAGUAAAAGGAAGGCUUCCUGUAAUUGUUGAAUGUAGUAUGGGAGAUGGGUGUCGUUUUUUUGGUUUCUAAAACAGAUGAUGGAACCUAAGAUCCAUUGUUUGGUUCCUUUUGUAUGUGUUGAGGAGGCGUAAUGCGGACUGACAAAGUUUUGAUGUAGCGUGCCCAGAGAGAGUGCAGUUUGUAGAGGAUAGAAAAAAAUGUAACAAUGACCUCUACUUGCAGCCCUACUUUCUUUUAGAGCUGAAAAUUGCCUUGAACCGUCCUUAACUAGUCCCUUUUUUUUGAUAAGGGUGAAAAUUCCAUUAAAAGAAAAGAAACAAAACAAGGG